CGUCGUCCGGAGCGAAAUCCAGUAUCAAGUAAGGCGCUUGGCGAGGCACCCAUCAGUGGUCGUAUGGAAUGCGUGUAAUGAAUGCCUUUACGACAAUGGCAGCGAAACCAGUACAACGAACGGCCAAACCAAUACUAAAGGACACGAACAAAUCCGUAAAUACAUCGAUUUCGCAAUGACUACUGUGGCUCAGACAGACCCGUCACGUGCGAUAUGGCCGACUAGUCCUUCUAAGGGGGGAUGGGCGUCUGGAGUGGAUCGGGC